AUGGUGGAAGUUGUUCUGGGCUGCAAGCCGGCUGCCAGGGGCAGAGACUGUGACAGAGGAGGGACAGCACCGGAGUCAGCCAACUCAGGUGCCCGAGUGACGCUGGCCUUGCUUUGUCUUCCAGUGGAGCGUGACCAUGCCCUAGGCCACCACGAGCCCCACUGGAAGGAGUUCCGGUUUGACCUGACCCCGAUCCCAGCAGGGGAGGCAGUCACAGCUGCUGAGUUCCGGAUUUAUAAGCUGCCGAGCCCCCACCACGUCAACCAGACCCUCCACGUCAGCAUGUUUGAGGUGGUCCCGGAGCAGUCCAACAGGGAGUCUGACUUGUUCUUUUUGGAUCUUCAGACGCUCCGAGCUGGGGACGAGGGCUGGUUGGUGUUGGACGUCACAGCAGCCAGUGACCGCUGGUUGUUGACCCGUAACAAGGACCUGGGACUCCGCCUCUAUGUGGAAACAGAGGAUGGACACAGCGUGGACCCUGGCCUGGCUGGUCUGCUGGGGCGCCAGGCACCUGGUCCAAAACAGCCUUUUGUGGUCACUUUCUUCCGACCCAGCCCGAGUCCCAGCCGCACCUCUCGGGCGGUGAGGCCACUGAAGAGGCGGCCACCGAAGAGAACCAACGAGCUGCCACAGCCCAACAGGCUCCCGGGGGUCUUCGGUGAGGUGCAUCUGAUGAAGCCCGAUGCCGUCCCCAAGGCCUGCUGUGCUCCCACCAAGCUGAGCGCCACCUCAGUGCUCUACUACGACAGCAGCAACAAUGUCAUCCUGCGCAAGCACCGCAACAUGGUGGUCAAGGCCUGCGGCUGCCACUGA